AUGACGUCAAGCUCCGAUGAGGGUGAAAUUGUUGAGCAGAGAGCUGGAGAUUUGAAGGCAACUUCACUGUCGCACGCAGAGAGAAACGGUGUUGACCGUCAGGAUAGACAGCGGAAUAGACAUUCCUCGCCCGACUUCGAUACGACUUCCAGACACAGCAACUCGUCACGACGAAGCCGCUCGCCACCGCGAGGAUACAAGCGGUCGCGCGAUGACAGGGAUCAGUUCCCUCCUGCCAGAGCCCGGGAUCAAGAUCCUCGCCAUGAUCGCGGCGCAUACGACGACUAUAGGAGGGAUGGCCCCAAAAGAUCGCGCGUCGCAUAUGACGAUCUCGACCGCCCUGCGGCACGCAAUUCGAACCAAGGCUACGACUGGCGCAGUCGUAGGGACCGAGAGCGCGAUCGGAGUCGCGACCGGGAUCGAUACCACCGCGGCCGAGACCGAUAUUCUGAACGUCCGUCGCCUCGCCCUCGAAGCCCUUCCCCUCGCCAAUACCGUCGGGGAGACAAACGAGCUGGUGAUCGGUUCGUCCGAGAAGGCUACUCUGACCGGCACGACUCACGCGAAUUGCGGUACGAUGACGCCGACGUCGGCGCUCGAGGCAACAAUCAUGCAGCUAGGAAAGCUUCCGUAGGAGAUUCAAACCAGGCACUGAAAGCUACUUCGAAGGAUGUUCCUAUGCUGGAUGACUACGAAGAGCCUCAAGAAUUUGACGAGGAAGCAGAGAUCGAACGCCGCCGCAAGAGGCGCGAGGAGCUCAUGGCAAAAUCCAGCUCCGCCACGCCUCUCCUCCUUCACGCUGUCGGAGCUGCCACUUCCAAAGCUCAAGCAUUAUCGCCUGCCUCUUUUCAAUCCGACACGCCGCAAAUGUCUCAGCGCUCAGAUAGCAAACCGCCUCAGUCUCCGCGUUCAAACUUUGCCUCACCCGGAUCGCCCCUGUCGCACGACGUGCCGUCUCCCGGAGCAAUGGAUAUAUUUGAUGGCAAAGAUCUCGUAAACUCACACGCGGCAGCCAAAGCCAACGACGAAGACGGCCCCUCUGCUGCUGAUUACGACCCUACCGUCGACAUGAUGGAAGAUGGACGAAGAGAUGAACUACGUCAUGGUCAAGUCGUCAUCCACGGCGAGCCUGAGCCUGCAGCGGCGAUUGAGCAGAACCCUGCCAAAGAAGCGCCUACUACGCCGCCACAGAAGCCAUCUGCAGGCGAAGGAGACGAGGAUGACGACUUUGACAUGUUUGCAGAGGAUUUCGAUGAGGAAAAGUACGCCAGCAAGGCCCAGGUUACUGAAACGGUAGCACCCGACGAAGCAACAGAUGCGGCGGAAGCAGUUGAUAAGGGAGGCAUUCUUGAAGGCGAUGACAAGGACGGCUAUUACAAGAUCCGUAUUGGCGAAGUUCUCAACGGUCGAUAUCAGGUCCAGGCCACGCUUGGCAGGGGUAUGUUCUCAGGAGUCGCACGUGCCGUUGACAUCACUACCAAGCAGCUUGUCGCCAUCAAGAUGAUGCGAAACAACGAUGCCCUUCGCAAAGGAGGCUAUACGGAAAUCGCCAUUCUCCAGAAGCUCAACGACGCUGAUCCCGAAAACAAACGGCACAUUGUCAAAUUUGAGCGGUCCUUUGACCAUCGAGGCCAUCUUUGCAUGGCCUUUGAGAAUCUGAGUAUGAAUUUGCGCGAAGUCUUGCGUAAAUUUGGCAACAACGUAGGCAUCAACUUGAAGGCGACAAAAGCAUAUGCGUACCAGUGCUUUGUCGCGCUGGCUCAUAUGCGCAAAUGUAGCAUCAUCCACGCUGACUUGAAGCCUGACAAUAUCUUGGUCAACGAGACUCGAAGUAUUCUCAAGAUAUGCGAUCUGGGAACGGCAAUCGACCGUUCUGAUGCUGCAACCGCACAUACGGAAAUCACUCCCUACCUUGUGAGCCGCUUCUACAGAGCACCCGAGAUCAUUCUCGGCAUGCCGUAUGAUUACGGCGUGGACAUGUGGUCUAUAGGCUGCACCUUGUACGAGCUCUACACGGGCAAGAUUCUCUUCACCGGAGACAGCAAUAAUCAGAUGCUCAAGACCAUCAUGGAGAUUCGUGGUCGAAUCACUCCAAAACUCUAUAAACGGGGUCAAUUAUCUGCUGCCCAUUUCGACGACCAGGGACAGUUUGUCAGUGUUGAGCGCGACAAGGUACUCGGCAAGACGGCACUACGAACGAUCAACAUUGUUAAGCCGACACGAGAUCUACGCACUCGACUCCUUGCUGCCUCCAGUGGUAUGAAUGACGCAGAGAGUAGAGAGCUCAAUCACUUCAUCGACCUGUUGGAUCAUUGUCUGGCCCUGAAUCCUGACAAGAGGCUUAAGCCAGCGGACGCCCUCAAGCAUCCAUUCUUCGUCCCUCGCUCUGGAGCACCGCGACGGUAG